UUGACGGGAAGGUCGGUCACGUGACACGACGGCGGGCGCGGGGUGCGGGGCGCCGGCUAGACUCUCCAGUAGCCGAGCCAUCCGUCUGCUGCUUUGACUGCGACCAGUCGCCGGAAUCCACGCCCCGGCCUCAGCCGCUCGUAUCUAUUACGUACUACCCAGUUCGCAAGUAUCCAGUUCGUUCCAACUGGAAAACGGCUGCAGUUCACAAAUUGGAAUCCAACAGUGUCAGCUCAGUGAAUAUUCGGGGAAAAAUAGUGAUGGUUCAGUGACAAAAAGUGGCUUAUUUGUGUAUUUUUGCAAAGUGGUCGUGCGGCGACGGGGCGGAGACGCCGCAAACGGGCGGCGAGCACUCGGCCCGGCCGUCGCGACGGCUCGGCAGUUCGGCAGAUAUGUUUCGAUCGCGGCCGGAGCGCGUCGCGCGUGCCGGCGCGUAGUUCGCUCGGGACAUGCGCCCCUCGAGCUCCCAAGUCGGUGGGGGUGAGCGACCAUGGAUGUAGUGACGUCCCAUAUCAACUCCGUGCUGAAGACCUACCAGGCGAGCGCGCCGCGCAGCCUGCAAGGGCCCGGAUGCGGGCGAGCCGAGCCAUGUAGCGAGGCGCCUCCGCCGCCGCCGCCGCCCGCCGCGCCGCCGAUCCUGCUCGCGCCGGACACCGUGCUGGGCGAGCGCGGCGAGACCCUGCUCGAGGGCGAGCCCAUCUCGUGCUUCAGCGUCGGCGGCGAGCGGCGGCUGUGCCUGCCCCAGAUCCUGACCUCGGUGCUGACGGACUUCAGCUUGGAACAGAUCAACCGUGUGUGCGACGAACUGCAAAUAUACUGUUCGCGAUGCACGCCGGAGCAGCUCCACGAAUUGAAGUCGACGGGGGUGCUGCCGCGCUCGGCGCCGUCGUGUGGGCUCAUCACGCAGACUGACGCGGAGCGGCUGUGCUCCUCGCUGCUGCACGGCCCGGCGGCGUCGAGCCCGCACAAGCUGCCCGGGUUCCGAGUGUACCAUGAGUGUUUCGGUGGCGGGCGGGGUGUGUGCGCCCCGGAUUUGAACUUAGUGCAGUGUUUGAUAUGCCGGUCAUUGUACACGCCGAGGCGGUUUGUGUGCCACUCGCACGAGCCGGAGAACCGGACCUGCCACUGGGGGUUCGACUCGUCGCGAUGGCGGCGGUUCCUGCUGGUGGCAGACGAGGAGAAGGAGAAGGAGAAAUGCGUGGCCCUGCUGGACGAGUUAGCGGCGCGGGAGUCGCCGACAGCGGCGCCAGUUCCAGUCAAGCAGCAGGCGCCUUUGAAACGUAAACAGGUGGUGGAGACGGUGACAUGCAAGCCGGAGCCGCCGGACUCGCCGCCGAAGAAAGCGCGCGGGGAGGACUACGGCUACGCGCUGUAUCUGGACCACUACGCGCACCUGCAGUACCGGUCCAUAUCGGCGUUCCGGCCGUGGGGCAAGCGCGAGCCGGCGCUGCAGAACCCCGAGCGGGUGGUGCGGGUGGCGCACUGCACCAGCUUCGAGCGCGACUACCAGCCCAACGUGGCGCUGAAGCCGCUCACGCCGCCGGUGGAUGACGUCACGUCGUCCACGUCGCCGCCGCCCACCGAGCCGGAGCUGGCGGCGCGGCUGUUGGACGCCGACGCGCGGCUGGCGGAGCGCGCGCGGCAGCUGGACGAGCGCGAGGCGGCGUUGGCGCGGCGCGAGGCGAUGCUGGACGAGCGCGAGGCGGCGCUGGCCCGGCGCGAGCGAGCCUCGUCGCCCGCGCCGCCCGCGCCCGCUCUCAAACAGGAGGACGGCGAGCCGCCCUGUUGACCGACGCGGGUCAUCACCCGCCUGCGAACGCUCAGUGACAUUGCGUGUUCAGAGUACAAAGUUUCGAGGUGCCGACCGUGAGCCGGCACCGUGUAAAUAAUCUUCAGAUUUUACUUUCUCAAUAUUUGGGAUGCUGCUCGUCUAUGAAAUUCGUAUUGAGAACUCUACUAUUUAUACUCUUUUACUGUGCGUUGUGGAUAAUUUAUGUGAUGAACCCGUCUCGGUGCCGACGUACAUAAAUUAUUCAGUCCGAUUUACCACAAAUAUACAGUAGCUGGAGAACAGAAACAAUAGAUGUACAUAAUCAUAUCAAUCAAGUACAGUUUUAUGAAAGUAUCGUUUUGUACAUUUUACAGUGUUGUAGUCUCUUGCGCGUGCCAUUCUGGAGGUACCUCUGUUACCUUUCAUGUAACCUCAGUCUGUGCUUUUCAAUACUUAACAAAAUACUCACAAUAAUAUACAUAGUGAAAUAGUUAUACAAUUACAUAAGCAUAAUUUAUACAGGGUUAUUUUUAGGUUUUUAUUUUGCGAAAUGUACAUACUGAUAAGCAUCCCUAUGUAUUAAGUUUACUACUUCAGUUUCCACCGUAUACUCAACAUACACAUCAAAAGUACAGUGACCGCGUCAUUAUGAAUUAUAUUAGUUUAUUUUUAAGCUAAAUAACUCUGUAUAAACCUCAACCAUACCAAAAAUAAUGAAAUAUUUAGUGAUUUCACACGUGAAUUCAAUACAAUAUGUCUUGUCUCAAUCAACGUUACUAUUUAGGAGAUUGUAGAAAAACGCAAUUUUUCUCACUACUUCUGACUUUACGGCACUUUUAAUGAUACCCAUUUUGUGAGGGUAUUAUUUAAUUUUAGUUGUGCCUAAAUAAGUUCAUAAGUGUAAUAACGCUUACAGCUGUCUCACAUUGAAUAUUAUUUACAAUUCGCGUAUUUAUUAAAAUGGGACUGUAAAUGUUAACUUAACCUCGCUCGCACACUGUGCCGUGUGAGCGGUGACCCUAAACGCUAAAGUUUUUCAUCCCAUUAUUUAUGUAUUUUCGCAGGUUAUACAAAAAUGAUUAUUACUUACAUGCGAGACAGCUGAUACUUUAAUAUUUAACAGUAAAUUCUAUUGUCCUGGCUGACAAAUUAAAAAUAAGGGAAUUAUCCCAAACUCUACCUCAUUGUAAAUAAAAAUUUUGGCUAAAAUUAAGAAAAUUCUUGUUAAGCUGAUGUUAAUUUUAGAAUUCGAUUUUGAUUGAGCCUAUACUGAAGCAAUAAUUUCUAUUAUGUGAAAAAAAUAUUAAACUCACUGCCUGAUGUUGUAAAUUUCCUAACGUUAAUGUAGAAGAUGAAUAGGAUGAAAGUUAGGUAGGAAACUUCUGCUUCCACGAUACCAAGUCUCCGUAUCUACCGCCUUUUAUUGGCAAUUUUGCCAUAUUUUAUCGAAAUCCUAUUCAUACUUCGGAAUAUUUUAGGUAUCAGUGCUAUUUUAACCAACAUACACCUUGUAACUAUGUAUACUGCCUUCUGCUUGCUUGAUCAGUUUUAGUAUUCUCAGCAUGCUAAUGAUAUUGACAAAUAUUUGCAGCUUAAUAAAUACGAGUAUUUAGUCUUUCAGAAUAGGAUAUUGUAAUGAAUUAUUCCUUUUUGAUUUCCAACAGUAAACUUUAUUACUUUAAUUUUUCGUCACAACAAAAACAUGCCAUGCAUUUUAGAAUAAUAUGCUACCUAUAAUCGCAAAAUUGAAACGAGUUUAUCCAAAAAAUAAAACAUCAACCUGAAAUGAAGUCACCUGAAAUAGAAUUAUUUUAUUCCUGUAUCGUGUCAGAACAGAAGUACCGCCCAAUGCGGUGUAGCCUUUGCCAGUAACUGUGCAUUUUUUUAUUGCAUAUUUUUUGUGACUGAGCAAGAUUCUUUUUUUAUUAAGCGUAGCGUGUCGACAGACACAAAAUGCGAAUGGCGACAUUCGACGUGAUUUCGUGUGAUUCUCAUAGCAGUCUAUGAUUAGAAGCCAUCUGUUGUGUUAGUACCAAUCUACUUUAGGUAUAAUCAUGGUGAGCAUAUUGUAAUAAAUUAGAAUUGGUGCUAGCACCAGUGUUUUACCGAUACAUUAAGGCUUAUUUUACUGAAGCUAGGCAGAAUGAAGCCAUCUCGAAAUUUCCAGAAUGCAGCAUGUUGUACUUUUAUGCGAUAAGCUGUAAUGUAUCGUUAAAAUUCUGAGGCCCAAGGAAGUAGUUAACCGACUCGGUAGUCAGGGCGUGUAGAGCGCAAUAAAAUUGUGAAGCGAUUGUGAAAUUUAAUUUCACAGAAUGUGUGACUGUUAAUCUUUUGGCCAAGCUCAAAUUGUUUAAAGAAUAUAAUUUAUUUCUUUUAUGAUGAUUUUCCUUUCAAAGAGUGCUAUGUUACAUUAGUUAGGUAGUUGUUAUAAGUUCAGUUCUAGGUUAGGUUAUAUCUCUAGUCAGAGACUUUUUGAGAAAAUAAAUUACCAUUUACUUAUUAAUAUAUUAUUCAAAUAGGUACCUACUGUAAGCGAGUGUAAUAAGAAUAACUUAUUGUUUAAAUAAUUAAAUAAUGUAGCGUAGGUAAUUAGAAAUGGACUGUAUGUCUUAUACACAUUAAGUUAUAUUAAAAUUCGGAAACUUUUCUAUCAAUGCUUUGUUAAUACGUAUUUUGGUGCUAUGAUAUUUUUGGCUUGGCUAACUUAGUGUUAAAUUGUAUAAAAGUUAAUAUUUUUAGUAUUGGCAAUUAUUUUUGGUUUUUAAAGUUGUUUUAUCAUUUUAUUGUUUGGAGUUAUUAUAAAUGACUUAUUUUAGUUUGCAUCAAAAUUAGUGGCUUGGCCAUUUUGAAACUAAAAUAAUGCUUUAAUUAUUAGCGUAGGCUGUAUAUUAUUGUUGCGUUGGUAGAAAAGUUUCCAGAAGGAUGUCGUCUCUCACUGUCUUCAUUCAAAUAAAAUAUGAAAUGGUGCUAAAUAAAUACCUGACAAAUGAUCUUGGCUUUCCUUUCUAAAACUACGAACGAGCUCGUUAGGUUGUAUCGUUUUAAUGAGUGAUAAACAAAGUAUAUUUUGAGAUUAAGAGCAACAGACAGUGAGGGGCCGAUGUGUAAAUAGUGUUUGUUUUAAAAUUUGCUGCGCACGAGUGUGCCAGAAGCGGAGGCGUGGUAUUCGUCGCACGCAACUGAACUGUCUCUCACCUAUUAAUUUUAAAAUAGGUAUUACAAUGAAUAUUUUACGUAAUGGAGAUCCAUUUACCAAUGUCAACGGUUACGGUUUUGACGGAAAAUAACUUAAAUUACAGACUAAUUUAGAUUGAGACUUUGUUUGAUAAAGUCCCUUUUUGUUGGUCUUAAUUUAGUAGUAGUGGCAUUGCCAAUAUGACUGUGGGAAUAGCUGUAAUGUUAUUAAAUCAUCUUAAAACGGCCUAUAGAAUGUAUAGUUAAAAAAUGAAUGUAAACAGCGAACCUUCGUCCUUUACCUCUAGACUAGAUAAAGUGACAUCCGUGACAGUUGUAUUCGAAAUCGCUUCACGAAGACGAUCUACAACUGUUGCACUUAAAAAAAUAAGCUGGAGCGAAGCGAUUUCAACUGUCACGUUUGUAGGUAACUGUGUGUAGAGGGACUUUUAUUUAGUUUUAUUUAAAAUGUUGCUUUAUUUGAUUUCCGUUUUCUGAGUCAGUCGGUUGCGUGCUAUGUGGGUGUAACACAUACCUGUGAUCUCAAUGUAUGUUUGACAAAAGGGCACUACGUCCAGCUGCAAGCAAUGUGUUCCAUCGUCUUGGUCUCCGCCAUAUCAAGGGUGAAAAGCUCUCGUACCCUGACUUGCAAGUGAUACAAGGCAGUCAAGUGGCGUCAAGCAAUUACGAACCGAAUGUUUCAUCGACAUAUUGAUUAAAUGUAGAGCCAAUGUCUCUAAAAAUGGCCAAGCGUCAGUUAUACUCAUUUGUAGAGGUUUUGUUCCUGGCAAUUACAAUUUUCAUAGAAAAUUCGAGUAUUGGUAAAGCAUCAAACUAGGUUCGAAAAUAAAGGGCAAUCGAUUUGAAUCGAUUUUUGCUAUUUCGAUCAUAAAUUAUUAUGCCUGCCCACAGAAUUCGAGUCCCUUGCUUGACGCCAUUUGGCUACCCUAGUCGCUAUAUUUCGGCGUACGCGCAGCGCAAUGCUUUCGGGUUAACUGUACACGCUAGCUGACGUCUCCGAGGGGAGAGCUCAUGAUGGACAGGAUAUUUAGAAGGCUUGCUGAAGGUUUCUCAUUCACUGGCCAAAUUGGUAAACAGUCAAAUAUAAAUAAAGGCUAUUAGGCUAGGUCAAAUAUAAUUAACCUUUGUACACCAAGCUGUAGCUGGAUCUAUGCGCCAACGUUAUCAAUAUACGACAAAAGUAGGUACACUGGCAUUCUGGGUAUCCAAAAUAAUAUUGACUUUUUUAGGAGCCAGGUUUGAGCUUUAGUAAGAAACCAAAUAAUUGGCCAGAGAAUGGGAAACUGGUGGGUAUUUCUUGUUGUGAUUACAAUUUUGAAUAACGACUUUCAAGCAUACAUUAAUUGUUGAAAAUAGUUCAAAAUUUUUACGUUUACUUGAUCUGCAUCUCAUACAAACAAUUGAAUGACGUAAUGUAUCGUGCCAAUCAUACAAUUUUAUAUGAGUAAGGAUAGAAACGAUCUCGGAGACGUCAAGUGGUUGCAAUUUAUUUUAUUUAUCGAGAUUCAAAUGUGAACAGAUUUUUUAAAUAGCGCUACACUACAGAAAUAUCGCCUAUUUUACUUAGGGUCCAGUUUUAGCGCAGACAUUUCGAAAAUGUCGCAAAAAGAAUUAC